UGACAAGAUAUUUUUUUAAAAAAUUUUUUUUCUACCUUAUUUCUCCCUUACUUUAAACUCUCCAUGGGACCGGCCUCACCGCAGAAGAUCCCUCUCUCUCAUCACCACCACCAUUAACCAUCUCCAUCUCCAUCUCCCUCGAUCUCUCGAUCUCUCCCUCUCCAAUUCCCAUUUCGAGUGGAUUGAUCUAAUAGUGUUACUUUCUGGUUAACAAGGAGAUCUAAAGAUUUGAGAGAAAUGAGUGGCCGUGUUAGAUGGAAUGAAGAAAACUUGAAUGACAUUGAAGCAAAUAAGCCAGUGAGGCAAAAAAUUACCGAGCCUAAGACACCUUAUCACCAUAUGGUUGAUGAUGAUGGAUCUCUGUCGCCAAGAUGUGCUUUUGAUGAGUGCCUGGAUGAAUCUGUUCAAGCAGAAGCUAUUCAAACUGCUCUGAAUGAUUUAGCUUCUUCAAGCAGAGGGCCCCCCACAAACGGUGGCUGGACAUCCUCCGAAGAUGAAGCUGAUCACAUGGAACAAGAAGAUGAUUCUGAGACUGAUAAAACUAGACUAAGUUUCAAGGAACACCGUAGAGCCCAUUAUGAUGAAUUCCGGAAGGUGAAGGAACUAUUAAGAUCAGGAUCCCUAGUGGAUGAUGAAGCUGAUGAAGACGACAAUGUCCUGCGAAGCAGUAAAGAGAUAUCGAGGUCAACUUUUUCGACCGAGCCUAAAGAAAUCGCUGACAAAGCACAACGCGAUGGAAGUAAUAAAUGAUACUUGCAUUUGGUUCAUGUUUGAUGUAACUUCUUUACCCUUGCUGUUGUCUAUUUAACAAGAAACAGUACUAGAACUGGAGGAAUUGUGAUAAUCUGUUUUUCUUCUUUUUACAUCCUUCUGAUGUCAAAAACUAGAUUUUCUGAUUAUCAUAGUCGUUGUGCACAUUUCAUUUUGUUUAAUUUCAACUCGUCAUGUUUUGUGAUU